UAGAGGGCGUGUCCGCAGUGCGCGCGGCUAUCAUGGUUGUCUCAGUGUUGAUUAGAGACAGCAUUUAAUACAACAAUAUUAACAAGAAAAUACUAAACCCUAUGGAGGCGACAAACACUGAGGGAUUGAUAUCCUGUCAGUGUCAAGUGGAUGAUGAAGCAAUUGACAAGCCAUUACCUGAACGUGAGAAACCAGAUGAAUCACACGCACAGAGCUCCACAGCUCAAGGCCAUGAAGUCGUACCUGAUCCUGGUGUAACAGGGCUGAUUACACAAAUGGAGACGACUGGGACUGUGGAGAAAGACUCUGUGGGCCAUGAGGUUGGUUCUGAGAUGCGUACAGCAGAGAUCACUCCAAACCUGAACGAGGUGAUGGAGACAUGCAUGUCUGAACAGGACAGAGAUCAGCACCCUGAAUCUUCCAUUAGGACUGUCGAGAAAGGCGACGUCGUCCCCGAAUCGGGAACAGCAGAGAUCAGCCUAAAUCAGAACGAAGAGAUGGAGACGAGUGUGUCUGAACAGAAUGGAGAUCAGUGCGCUGACACUGAGAAGAGGACUGGAGAGAAAGACACCGACACAGUGAAGCCUGUCUUUGGAGGAGGGGGAGGAGGGUCUCUGGCUCUGCUGAGCAUUCAGUAUAGAGAUGAGAGCUCAGACGAGCUCUCGGAGAGUGACUCGGACUCAUCUUCAUCUACAUCUUCUUCAUCCUCUUCCUCAUCGGACCCCGUUAUUCCGGUGACAAAUGAAUUUGAGGAAGAUGAAGAUGUAGUUGCUCCUGGGAAAAAAACAGCACCAGUGAGAACUCAGGAUGAGCUGCUUAUUGAGGACCUUCCCGCAGUGGAAAAUCUGACCAUCAGCCUUCCGGAAGGUACCGACAUGGAGCCAGUUGGAAUCAUCUCCAGCAUCGUGGAUCAACUCGUUAUUAUUGAGUCUAAAAAGGACACUCCACCCCUGAACGACGACAGCGUGUUAUUCAACAAGGACAGGGUGUCGAUCGGCAGGGUGUUUGAAGUCUUUGGUCCGGUGUGCCAGCCCUAUUACAUCCUGAGAUUCAACGCUCAGGAGGACAUCGAACAGAAGGAUCUCAAAAUAAAGCAGCCGGUUUACUUUGCCCCCAAAAUCAAAGACUUCACUGAGUACAUCUUUGUGGAAAAGAUCAAGCAAAUUAAAGGAUCUGAUGCUUCUUGGAAAAACGACCAGGAGCCACCGCCAGAGGCCCUGGAUUUCAGUGAUGAUGAGCAGGAGAGGAUGGCCAAGCAGAAGCUGAAGUCCCAGAGGAGACCACAGCAGCAGAAACAAGAAGAGUCAGACUCAGAUAGUGAAUCCUUUGCUGGUAGACCUCCACCUCCCCCAAGGAGAAAACCCCGGCAGAACAGGAACUCACCACGCGGCCGGCCUGCGCAUCACGAGCAUCAUGGUGGCUUCCACGCUAACUAUCACGCCAAUCCUCACUUUCAACAGGACUUCAUGCACCACCCUCCUGACCCAUACCGACCUCCCUUCCGAGGUCAUGGGUACUCUCCAUACCCCCAGGCCCCACCUCCUCACAUGAGCAUGGACCCCUGGCACCCCUGCCCUUACCCAGGACCCAUGUUCUUCCCUCCACCCCCUCCACCACCACCACCGCCAUCAAACUAACAGAACAGAAAACUCAGAGCUGGACUGUCUGAGAGCUGAUGUGGAAAUAAAGAGGUUUUGACUGAAACUUCAUUAAAGUAUUGUGGUGGAUGUGCGUAUUGAGAAAUGAUAAAGUUGAAAUUUUUUUUUUUUGUAAUUCUUCUGGGCGUGUUCCAGUGCACACAGUCUUCAGAAAUAGCGGUACCAGUCUGUACUUUUCCUUGUCGCUGUAGUUCUGACAGAAUGUCAUGACGUUAUUGGCAACGAACAGAGAAUUUGUUGUAAAUGAAUACAGGAUAGGAGGCAUGCUGUCAUUUUUCCUCACAGGACAUUUUGUUCAGAUGAGAGCUGUGUACUGGGACUGGGAACCCCUAGGAUGAAAAAAUAUAUAUAUUAAAAAUAAGGAGAGGACAUACUCACGUUGGCCUUAAAUCUGAAUACAGAUACAGACUUUUAGCGCACUAAACAGAUGACAUGUUUUUGGAUCUUUAUGUAUCUUCCACCUGGAAAUAAGAAUAUAGUGUCACUCACUCACUAUCCGGUUUAACGUCACGUAAACACCACUGGUGUGUUGGACGCUGCAUGGCAAGUCCGUAAUUCCUUCUUCCAGAAGUCCCUGUCUAAAGUGUCUUUGGGUGUAAGGCACCACUUCUUGAGGUCCUGGUUGACCAGUUCACACCAGGUCUUGCAGGGGCGGCCCUUUUUGCUUGAUAUAUCCACCUGCUGGGACAUGACCCUUCCAAUACAAGAGGUGCUCCGACGGACGUGGUCAAACCACUGUAGGCACUUGUAUCGAAGGUCAGCAUCAAGCUCCACUAGGCCAAGUCUCUGACAAAGACAGCUAGAGCUGUAGCUUUAAAAAUAAUUUAAGAUACACUACCGUUCAAAAGUUUGGGGUCACUUUGAAAUGUCCUUAUUUUUGAAAGAAAAGCACUGUUCUUUUCAAUGAAGAUCACUUUAAACUAAUCAGAAAUCCACUCUAUACAUUGCUAAUGUGGUAAAUGACUAUUCUAGCUGCAAAUGUCUGGUUUUUGGUGCAAUAUCUCCAUAGGUGUAUAGAGGCCCAUUUCCAGCAACUCUCACUCCAGUGUUCUAAUGGUACAAUGUGUUU